GAAAGUCCUUCUUGCCGGCUACUGCUUUCUUCUUGCCGCUGUUAGGGGAAGGCUUCUACUUCGGCUUAAGCUUGGCGACUGCUUUCUCAACUUCCAGGUUGGCGAUCUCGCAAACAGCGGGAUCAAUCGGAAGGUCUUCAGCUUCUUCUAUCGCAUCAGCCUUUUUCUCGUCGAUCUCCCUAUUCUUCUCCUUCAG